GGCGCUGCCGCGGUGCCCGGCAGGGAAGAUGGCGCCGUCCCACGUCCUCAAGUGCUGCCAGAAGGUGCUGGCCUGGGUGCCCGUGGCCUUCAUCGCCCUGGUCGUGGCCUGGUCCUACUACGCCUACGUGGUGGAGCUGUGUGUGUUUACCAUUUCUUCAACUGUUGAAAAAGUUGUCUACCUUGUAGUUUUUCAUCUGUCAUUUGUCAUGUUUGUAUGGUCCUAUGGGAAGACAAUUUUCACAUCUCCUGCAACCCCCUCUAAUGAGUUCUGCUUGACAAAACUUGAUAAAGAACAAUAUGAAAAAGAAACGAGACCAGAAAUCCAGCAGGAGAUUUUAAGAAGAGCUGCCAAAGACUUGCCUAUCUAUACGACAACAGCAUCGAGAGCAAUCAGAUACUGUGAUCGAUGCCAGCUGAUCAAACCUGACCGCUGCCACCACUGUUCUGCCUGUGACGUAUGUGUAUUAAAAAUGGACCACCACUGUCCAUGGGUGAAUAAUUGUGUGGGAUUUUCUAACUACAAAUUCUUCCUCCUGUUUUUAAUGUAUUCCUUACUGUACUGUUUGUUUGUUGCUGCUACAGUCUUGCAGUACUUCAUAAAGUUUUGGACAAAUGAAUUGCCAGAUACCCAUGCAAAGUUCCACGUACUGUUCCUUUUCUUUGUGGCAGCCAUGUUCUUCAUCAGCAUUCUGUCACUCUUCAGCUACCACUGCUGGCUAGUUGGCAAAAACAGAUCAACUAUAGAAACAUUCCGUGCACCCACAUUUCGAAAUGGUCCUGAUAAAAAUGGCUUUUCUCUUGGAUGCAGCAAAAAUCUAAGGGAGGUUUUUGGAGAUGAAAAGAAGUAUUGGUUACUUCCUAUCUUUACCAGUUUGGGAGAUGGAUGUACUUUCCCAACUCGUUUGGUGAUUAUGGAUCCAGAACAACUUGCAGUCUCAAGCCAAAAUGAACCUGCCAAAAGCUCUGUCACCACUCGACCACUCAGUGAAUCACAAAAUCGGUUGCUAUCUGGUGAUUGUCAGUGGGUGGAAACUGGCCCUGAAGAGGAAAAUGUGAAAUCAGGUGCAAAAAAGCAUAUUAUAGUUUCAUUGGAAAGUUGAUCUCAGCUAAUUACUAACCAACCAUCUCAAUGAGAAACAGGUUUCUGCAACCCAUUUUGAGCUUGAAUAUUACUUAAUUUUGUUUGGAAGAAGUUGAGCAGGAAAAAAUGGAACAUGAACAUUUUAGGAAGAGACAAGAAAUUCAAGUUUCUGCACAGUACAAUGGAUUCUUGUAAGCACUAUUGCAGAGCAGGGAAGUUAAGACAGAUGCCUUAAGAUUCUUAAUGUGCAUUUAUGCAACACUGAAUUAUAUACUGCUACCAAAGGGCCAGAUCCAGAAGUGCCCUGCUUGGAUGCACAAGGUCCAGAGUGGGAACUAUGCAUUUCUUUUAUGCUGCAGUGGUGGGGGUAGAUUGCAGAGACUCUUACCUCCUCACGGGCAAACUUCAUACCUUAGGCACUGCAGAAGUCACUUCCAUAGCAGGUCUCCAGAGUACAGAAGGAAAGAAAAAAGGAAAAGGAAGAAAAAGAAAAUCAGACUAGAGCAUGGUCAGCAAGUCUGAAGUGGGAGUAUACAUAGUUCAGAUGCCAGAUGUUGGGGAAGGGACUGGAUGAUGUCUUCUCCUCUCUUCCUAUUAACCAGUCUACCCCAUGAUCACAGCUCUCCAAGUCUUUUGGGACUGAGGUUUCCUUCUACUAGCUGUGCUUUGGAGCUAGGCAAUGCCAACAACAUAAAAGCCUUUAACUUGGGUGUUGCUUUUUUGCUAUAAGAUUGAGCUUCCUCAUAAUUUUAACUUGAUUUAUUUAACUAUACCAAGGACAGAGCUCAAAGAAGAAAACUUGGGUUUUAGUUGAAAAAAAGAUGGAUUAUUACUUUCCAGCAAUUGUCAGUCAGCAUACAAGGAAAAGACAGUCCAAAAAGGAAUUAACAGUUCUUACAUUUUCUGUUACUGUUUGCUGUGUUCUGUGUAAGGCAGCAACAAAACGGUCAAGUACCCCUGAGAAAAAUCAUAUUGCAGUUGUGUGUUUCUAGAGACAGAACCAGCAGAGUACUGCUUUUUCCAUGGGACUCUUGAUGGUUUAUAAAUACUGUUUUAUACUUUUGUUUUAUCUUUUUAAUAAAGGCCCAAGGUUUUAUUGGUUCUGAAAUACAAAUAUCAGGUACUUAAGAUUAGUGUUAGAUCAUAGAUAUGUGUUAGCACACUGAAAAAUUGCAUCCUUUAGUCUCCCACUUUCAAGUCCAGUUUAAGUGAUGCUGAAAUUGCUAAAGACUGAUGGCUUUGUGCAGCAAUGUACCUGCUUACAAAAGGCAAAAUGUGUUUCCUGUGUGAGGAAUCAAGUCCAUCCCAUUCUUGGCUCAAGACCUACAGCAAACAACAUGGGGGCUUUUUUUCCUCACUUCUCUACAGAGAAGACGGCUAACUCAUCUUUCAGUGGUAUUGGAAUUUUGCACCUGGAAAAAGUGGCAAAUAUUAUUUUUCUGUCUGUAAGAUUUCUGAUGUUCAGCUGCUGCUGAUUACAAAGAGACAUGAGCCCUUUUGAUACAGACUGAAGGUAGUAGUCAAAUUGAUGAUCUAGUCCAAAAGAAAACCUGUUUGGUUUGUCUCCCAGACUGAUUGCUACUUGAGUUAAAUAUGUUUAUGAUGGAAAUACUAAGGUAUCUAGUAUACUGUAAGGUUUAAAAUAAGUAUUUUUUGUCUUUGGAUAUAAUAAAUUUUUCUUAAAUAUUAAUCUUCUGGAACAAGAACUCUUUGAGAACUUAUGAUUUCACUGUUGGAUAUUCUUGAGACAGAAACAAUGGUCCAAAGUUGCAUGUUUUAUAAAAGUUGCAGAAUGUUUCUUCAAACUUUGUACAAGAAAUUUUGCAUUUGCUAAUUCCAAAACUUACAAAAGCAUUUGCUACACAUUGAUCUGAAAGGUUUUGCUUUUUCUUCUCAAAUGUUAAGUGAGAAGUGCCCAUGUUAACAUAAGCUCUCAGCAGUAUCGCACCAGCAAAAUUUCUUGGGGAAGAUAACAGAGAAGGAAGACUGCAUCUUCAAAUGGCUUGUUCUGAACACCAAAAUUUGCAGCCCCAAACACUGGUGGAACUGUCAUGGAGGGCCUGGGAUUUCAUCUGGCUUUUACUGCAUCCAUGUAUUAUAGCGGAAAUAAUACAUCCAUGCACAGGCAUCAUCUAGCAGAAGUAUAAGCAAAAUGUAUGUCAGAAUCCUAAGUAUCACUGAACUCGGCAAUAUGGUCUUUGCUGCCCCCACCUGCUCCCCAAAGUGCUUCAUAUGCCCCUGCCAUGAAUGUAUGUAUCCUGUAGGCCAACAUCAGGAGAACUUGUUUGAUUUCUUUAGUCAGGAUAGUGAAUCUACAGGAAAAACUGCAAGUAAACAAACUGUGCUAUCUCCAUGUGCAUUUUCUAGCAAGUGCUGCUCUUCUGAAACCACUUCUUUGUGUAUCUGGACAUUUUUGUGGCUUUUCAUGAAGAACUGACAAUUCUAAGUAUUUAUGCAGAUCACAGGAAUAUUUUGUCCCAGAUUUUUCCUCAUAUUUGAGGUAAGAAGAGGAGAGCAGUGGGUUUAGGAUAAUCCUGAGGCCAGAGUUACUGUUGGUAUAAAAGCAGGUAUUACUGAAAGUCACUCUCACAAAUACAAAAUGUAGUCAAAUGAUUGAAAGAUGAUUCUCCUGCAUUCACCACCCCCAACUCCUUUUGGGUUUUUUUGCCUGGGGAACUGGGGACUAAGAGAAACCCCAGACUGAUUUAAAGGAAUUAAGUUCUCUAAGGGAGUUGUACUGCUGAACCCUAAGGGCAUGCCAGCCAGUGGGAUGGAGGGGUUAGGUUUUCCUGGCAGGCCUGGCCUUUGGGGGAGGUAUCAUGGCUAAGGCAGCCAGGAUGACAUCCUCUGCCUUUGGAUUCUGUGCUGAGUGCUCCCUAGGCUGGGCUGUGCCGUGCCAGAAGUCCAUGAGGGAGCAGGGUGGUUCUUUGGCUGCUGGGCUGCAAGCAGCCAUAUGUGUGUCCCUGCUAGCAGAGGCAGGGGCUGCAGGAAGGGGGUACUUUUGGCUCAUGGUCAGGAGAUCAGAAGGGGGAUGGAUCCUGAGAAAACAACUGUUUAGGGUGUUGGGCUGUAUUGUAAACGCUGGUUUUGUGCUUUAGCCUACUCUGUAUCAGGGAGUCUUGAAAAUACCUAAGUUGCCAUUAGAAAUGCAGCCCUUAAGCUUUUAGAUCCAGUAAAGUAAUGACUACUACAAGCAAUAUGUAGUAGUUAUUGUAGGGUAGUUGAUAUUGGCUGUGAUUAGAAACUGCUUGCUUGUUUCUUUCUGCUUUUCUCUUUGAAAAAAAUCUACAUACACUCAAAAAAAUUUUUUAAAUGGCUUUAAAUUCACAGUGUGAAAACAGAAGCCUGAUGCAGGGGAGGAUUUCAUUUUUCUGAAAUGUCUCGAAAAAACCUGUCCCUUUGAAUAUGAGGCAGGAAAAUCCACAAAUAGAAAUUACUUAAAACUACACAAUACUGUUUUUUUCUGACUGUUAUUUACUCACAGAGUGUGCAACACACACAUCAUUGCUGUGCCUACCAAAGGCGUAUUAUGGGAGGAAGGCAGGAAGAGGAGUAUUAAUUGAUUUGACAUUAAUUGACUUCCUACAGUAUUGAGACUGUAUUGAUAUAAGUCAGAUGUGAUUAAAAACCUCCAUUUUAAAUAAUCUGAGUGUUACUUUAGAGGAAGCUUGGGUACUUCUAUUUUUAGUGAUUUAAGUGGAAAUCAUGGUAAUAUUUUUGUUAAAGCUGCCUCUUGAGUGUGGAAUUUGCAAGUACCAAGCUACUCUUGGUAUGCUGUUCUUACACACUGGUCCUGUUCUCCAGAGUGCUGAAUACUCACAGUUUUCAGGUACUGUUUCUUUCCUUUGGUCUUGUGUGGUUCUUCUUUAUUAAUUAUAAAUCAUUUUUUUGGGUUGGGACGAAUUUCAAUACCACUGAGGAUGCACACAAAGACUUCAUGAUCUGACUGGAGUAUGGUCCAGUUGUAGCUAAGCAGAGCCCCAAGAGGAGGAAAACUGCAGUGUUUGCAGCAGUAUUAAUGUCUGGCAGAUUUACCAAGAUGUGCUGGCUCCAACACAGAUUGACCAAAUCUGCCUGGAUCUGGAGCACCAACUGACCAGAUUUUUAUUUAAAAGUUAAAUAACGACAAAACCACAACAGCUUUGAGUUUCUGGUGUAUGUUCUCCAAGGACACCCUCUAAAAUUGUGUCUGACUGGGGGAUUUGGGUGUGCAUUUAGAGAGGUUCCAAAGAGCAGUUACUUUUAGCUCACAAACAUGUCUUUUCACAGUACCUAAAAAACAGCAAUGUGUGCAGCUUCAGAGGCUCUUCUAUCCCUAAGUGGCACCAAAGAGAGCAGCUGCACGUGAAGGGAUUUAGUACUGAACACAUUUGUUACACUCAUUUCUAUCAAUUUAUUUUGUAUAUAGAGCUUUUUAUACACAUUUUUCUUAAUUAUGUAACUUGUGAAAUAUCAUGAAGCUACAAGUAGUUUGUUUUAAUGCGGAUUAAAACCGGUGUUUGGCCAUUUGUUUUCUGAAGCCAUUACUUGAAUUUGUUUCCAUGAGGUAGUGAAGUCUGAUAAUGUUUACAGGAUCACUUGCUUUGGUUUUGGGAGCUUUCCCCAUCUUUCUUCCUACACCCUGUCCUCAGAAACAGAGAGCUCAUGCUCAGCAGUCAAGCAGAUGUGUCAGAGAUGAAGAAUUUGGAUUACUUUGUCACCAAAGCAUUGAGAGUGACAUGCUGAUUCCCUUCCGUUUACACUGCUUAGCUGACAUCUUAAAGACGCUUAGCAUGGUCCUCUGGGAUUCCUCCUGUCCCUUAUCCUGUUAUCAGCUUUAUUGUGGGAAACUUAAAUCUUCCUGAAUGAUGAUUUACAAUCAUGAAGUUAUCCCAGAGAGAGGCAGCAUUCCUCCUGUUAAGUCUGUUCCAUUUUUAACUUAGAUGAAUGAAACAUCCCUCUUAUCUCUGCAUUCUUUUUGUAUUUGUCAGCAAGGGUCAUCAACAUUUGCACUAAUCACAAUGUCUCAGCUAUUCUGCUUCCACAAAGUUAUUUUUAAUUGCGCUGCCUAAACUUGGAAUGAGCUGCAUUUAAGUUUGGGAUGUGUAAAAGAUACCUGUAACAAUGAUGCACUUAUUGUAUUUUUUUGUAUGUUACAGAUAGGACUCAUCCUAUGCACAGAGAAAACGCUGCCAUUUAUAGUUUAAUACUUGAAGUAACUUUUUGAAACGGGCUUUUAUAAAUGAAUAAAUACAAAAUCACAUUGCUUUGCCUGGAAGUUCCUUCAUGUUUUAAUUGUAUUUGCAAUUUCCCCAUAUGUAUACUUUUCCAUAAAGUUCUCUUAAGCCAUUUAUAACCAAUGGAAGUGCAUUCAAGAUUUUGUACAUCAGUGUUCAGACCUGUUCAUACUUCUCUGAAGUAUAAUUAAUGUUUAAUAAAAAAGUACCAUUUUAAGCCUCUUUUCCAAAGUUAUAUGAAUGGACUUGGCACUUGAAUUCAUCAGUGAAUGCAACAUCAACUUAAUAAAAGUAUGUGAAAGAAUCUGAAAAGUGCUCAGCUGUAGCAUCUGUGUUAUUAGAUCACUGAGAAAAACUGCCUACCAGGGCAACACUGCACCAUCGCUCUGGUUUUUACACUCCAGCUGCAACAAACCUAAGAUUACACUCACUCCUGACACAUCUUCCAGGUCACUGGGUCUUGUGGGGAAAUAAAAAGCCUGACUUGUGGCUAAAUCUUAUUCCUCCACUUCUAAGCCUGACUUAGAAGUCAACUGCUCAAACAGGAAUCAGCCAUGUUCCUUUUAGAUCAGGAACAAUCUGUGUAAGAGAGCUGUAACAGCCAAGCUGACACUGACAUGACAAUGACACUGGCAGUUAAGAUCAACAAUUCUUUCCAGAAAGUUUUUUUAAAAAUGGAACAUUUUAUAACAUUCCAUGAAUUCCAGCCUCAUCCCCUUGUCUCUGCAGUUCUAGUUCCCCUUGGUCCUUGCAUACCUGAUGGCAAGUGUUACAGUCGUGUCUCAAGUACCUGGUGUACACAGAACAAUCCCUGAGGAAGGGAGAGUGACCAGCCCAAGCCACGUGGCCAGUACCAGCAGCACCCUCUCAACACAGCAGGAGUGUUCUCCAGGCUUUCAGAAGGCAAUCACUGAAGCUAGCUAGGUUAUAGAUAACUGGAGCUAAACUAGGUUAUCUGUAAAUCGCCACCACUGCAC